UUGUAUUACUGUCGAACGAUUGAAUUUAUGAUUUUUUGAUUUUUGAAUUGCUGUGAUUUUCAAAAUAAACAAAACAAAUCUAAAAUGUUUUAUUAUGCCGUUGCAAUUGGCCGACAAACAGGAAUUUUUAAUGAUUGGAAUGAUUGUGAAAAACAAGUGAAAGGCUUCAAAAAUGCCAAGUUUAAGAAAUUUAAAACAAAAUCCGAAGCCGAAGAAUUUAUUCAUAUUCAUCAUAAAUCUACCACGUCGUCAUCGUCUAUUUCGAAUUCAAAUUUGGUGCCUAAAAUUUUGCCAACAACAUCAACAGCGAAUAAUUCUGCUGUUCGCAUAAAUGCAAUGUCGAUGCCCAGAUCAUCAAGCCAUCAACCGAGUAAACUAACAAGUGAUGAUAAAAAGCUUACUACUGGGAUUUUUAGUAGUUUAAAAUGUCCGAAACGUCCGAGAAGUAGGAAAAGUGAUUUUCUUACUAUUCGCCGUAAUCAUUUGGGUGAUCCAAUUGUCUAUACAGAUGGUGCAUGUUGUAAUAAUGGCAAACGUAAUGCCAAAGCCGGUAUUGGCGUAUUUUGGGCUAUCGAUCAUAAUGAUAAUGUUUCUCGACUACUCGUCGGUCGUCAAACAAACAAUCGUGCUGAAAUUGAAGCAGCUAUCGUGGCUAUUCAAACAGCUUUGAAAAAUAAUUAUCGAACCUUAGAUAUUCAUACGGAUUCAAAAUUUAUAAUUGUAUCGAUGACCGAAUGGCUGCCGAAAUGGAAACGUAAUGGUUGGAAAUUAUCGACUGGUGAAUCGGUCAAGAAUAAACAUGAAUUUAUGCGCCUGGAUGAAGAAAUGAAUAAAAUGGACCGACUAAUCUGGACCAAAGUACGUGCACAUUCAGGUGAUUAUGGUAAUGAAAUGGCCGAUCAACUAGCUACCAAUUCUAUAAAAUGAAACUGUGAUGAUAGUGUAAUCAUAAUCAUAAUAAUUGUUUUAUUUCAUUUGACCACUGUAAAUUCAUAAUUGUAAUUAUUGAUUAUUGAUUUAAUAAUGUAAAUGUGAUUGUUGUCGAUGUAGAUUAUAAAUAAAAUCAUUGAAAAUUUA